CCAGUUUUUUUCCUCCCCCCACCUGCAACUGUGGAAGGAAACGUGCCAAUCCCUCCUCUUCAACAGGCUUUUGAAAAGGAACUAGAAGAGAAGGAAGUUUUAAUUAAAAAGUUUGAAAAUGAAAUAGCGGAGAAUAAGGUUUUAAUAGAAAAGUUUGAACAUGAACUAGCAGAGAAUAAAGUCUUCAUUGAAAAGCUUGAAAAAAAACUAGGAGAGAAAAAUACCUUGGUCGUAAGGUAUGACAAGAUAAUAUCAGAGAAAAGUAUAUUAGUGGUUGAGUUGGAAAGAGAACUAGCAGAAAAAAAUUCCACAAUUGAAGAGCUUGAGGAGGAAGUAACUGUCUUCAAAGAAGACCUAGAUGACAAAAGUGUUUUAAUAAAUAAGUUGAAAAGAGAAAUUUCAGCUCUGCAAAACACUAUAAAAAAUUCUUCUGAAAGUCAGGCAGACAAGCAUGAGAAUAAAAUAAAUAGCUUAGAAAAAGAACUAGAUGAGAAGAAUAUUUUGAUAGAUAAGUUGAAAAGUGAAAUUUUAGCACUGCAAAGUAGUAUAAAAAAUUCUUCCGAAGAUCACGCAGACAAGGUGUACCGUGAAGCUAUCCAGACUAAUACUGAAUCAUCAAACAUUAUUUCUGGAGAAGAACCUUCGUUAAGCCUUGAUGUGAAGUCAUAUUGUGAAAAAAACAAGGAAAAAUCAGCACUUGAGUUGAAAUGUGAAAAUUUGAGUCUGGCCUUGAAAUUGUCAGAGAAAACAACUGCUCUUUCUGAAGAAAAGAAAUCCUACAGCAUAUUAAAAAAUGAAUACCAGAUCUUGAAGUCAGAGUUGGAGAAAAAAGUUAUUUCUCUUAAUAAGGUACUUAAUUCAUUGGAUGAGUAUAAGAUUGAAAAUUUAAGACUGAAAGAAGAACUGGAGAGAGAAACUCUUACUUGUGCUGAGCUUAAACAAUUAUCUAAUGAAAAGGACUAUGAAAUUACUGCUUUAAAAUUAAUGCUGGAUUACACAUCAAAACAAAUGAAAAGUGAUUUUGAAAAAGAAGUGGCAGGAAAAGAAGCCUUAAUUAAAAAGCUGAGCAUGGAAAAUUCUCAGCUACAAGGUAUGAGAAAUCAGUCUGAAGACUUAAGUGAGAAUAAUGAAGCAAGUGUGCAUGCAGCCUUAGCUGAAUCUGUGAGCAGGUUAAAAGAAGCAGAGGAAUUAUAUAAAAAGCAAUUUCUUGAAAUUUCGAAACUGAAAAAAAAGUUUAAAAAUAAAUGUGGAAAAAAACAAAAGGUAACUCUAUCAGAAUCAUGCUCCCAAGCUUCUGAAUCUUUUUCUUCUGUUGAAGUUAAAGAGAAGUCUUUUUCUUCUAUUGAAGCCACUGGAUUUUCUCCAGGUGGAUCACUAACUAAGAAAGUUCCGUCUGUGAAAGACUCUAGUGAUUCUGAUACUGGAGAACAUGUUUUAGGCAAUACUGUUCCUUUAUAUCCACAGUUUCAAAAUAUUUUUCCUGAAGCAGAGCAUGUUAAACAACAAUUACAACCUAAUGUAUCUUGUAAGCCAAGCAAUCAAAAAAGCAUUGUGAAUGAAUCAAAUGCAUGUCCUUCUACGGAAACCACCAAAAAGGAUGUAGUUAUACAGCAGAUGGCCACUUCAUCAGCUUGCCACAAAGCAUUUGAACAAUGUGUAGAAAGGCCAUGUUAUGCAGUUGAAGACGAAAUUUUCUAUUCUGUUCCAUGUGUGGUUUGUGAAGUCCCUAUUAAAAUAUCUUCAACCUUUAAUGAAAACAUGGUAAAGCAUUUAGAAAAAGUGCAUCAGCAACAAAUGUGCCCAAUAUGUGGUCGAUUGUAUAGCAUGAGCCUUCCUCAGAAAUACUUUCUGUAUCAUGUUGAUGACCAUUUUGCUAACUAGGAGUUUUUUCCUUGCAUAUUUUGUUACGUUAUUCGUGGAUGUUUUCGUACUGCUUCAGACAGUUGUAAUAAAAAUUAACAGUGAUACUACUUGUUUUUCUGUCUGUUACUGAUUUAAAAAAUAUCAAAAGGACUCUGUUAUUGUAUUUAAAUGUAUUUGGAUAUGUAUAUAUACAUAUAUAUGUAUAAUAUAUGUGUGUAUAUGUGCUUGCGUGUAUAUAUAUAUAUAUUAUCAAGAGUUAAUUGGAAUAUGUUACAGCAUUUUAACCCUCCGAGCAUUACGAGUUUAGCCCUGAAAUUUCAAAGUUCCUCAAAAUGUCAUGAAUAAGUGGUAUUUUUGUGAUUUUAGUUAAAAAAUGAAUCUCUCAUUUUGUACCUUGAUUCCCUUUUCUUCCAAUAUACAUCCAAACCGAAAUCAAAUGCAUUAAAAGCUAGCAGAAAUUUUCAUUUGUAAUAAAUAUAGAAGGCAGUCUUCUAUAUGGAAUUUUCCAGCCGUAACGCUGAGAGGGUUAAAGUCAGAUAUCACCUAAUAAACUUUGUCAAAUAAAAAUAUAACAAUAUUAAAUGUUCACAAAUACAAAUUCUGUAUGCUUUGAAGUGUUGAAACCAGAAAUGAUUUUAAUUUAAAAAAAAAAAGAGAGAGAGAGAGAGAGAGAAAGGGGGAAAAAAAAAAGGAAGGAAAAAAAAGUUAAGUGUCUAAAGGAAAUAGCGAAGUUGGCUAAUUACGCUAAAAAAACUGUGCAGUGUGUACUUUAUACACAGAAAAGACCUGUUCAAAUCAAAUUGAACUAAAACAUUGUAGACAUGAUUCAUUUUUCAAAAAUAUCUUAUUUCAAUUUUUUUUUUUUUUUUUUUUUUUUUUUUUUCUAUAUUAAUUAUCUUGCCGAAAAUUUUUAACAUACAUAUAAAGGUUUUAAACAAAAGUUUUUAAUAGAUAUUUGAGAUAAUAUGAGCUAUAUAAUUCCUUGCUCAAAAAAAUUUUGUAUCAAAUAUAUGCCUACUGGUAUCUGUAGUGUGUUAAUAUUUAAUAUAAGCUUAUUCUUUGAAAUAAUUUUUGUAGUUUUACAUUUGACAUUGUGUCUUUUUAUAGACUGGUGUGUUGUCUUUUAAAUGCAAUUGUUAUUAAAAUUUUUAAUAAGGUUUUUCUUUUGUAAGAGCUUUUACCUGUAAAAUGGUAUUGGUAUUGAUCUUUUCUGACGUCAUUAUUCAGUCACAUUCCAUUUUUUCAGUUAGUUCAUCUUUGUAAUAAUGAUUUAAAAUUUUUGUUUGGAAUGGUCAUUAGCAGCUUAACUUGUAGUUUUACUUUUAUGUACGAUCAAUAAAAAUUUUUUUUAGUA